AUUGGAAGCAUCAGACUCUGCAGCCAUGACGAAGCGAGCAGCAGAGGAGUUGAUUGAAAUAGGAAUAGAUGGUGAGGAGAAGAGGCAUUGUACAGAGGAAAGCAUUGAGGAACAGACCACCAUCACUACGGCAGAGUUUGUGAGCCAGUCAAUCGAUAUCAAUGAGCCCGUCGGAAACCUCAAGAAGCUGCUGGAGCCACGUCUUCAGUGUUCUUUGGAAGCGCAUGAGAUUUGCCUCCAAGACAUUCAGCUCGAUCCUACCCACAGUCUGUUUGAUCAGGGAGUGAAAACUGAUGGCACUGUACAGCUGAGCGUUGAAGUCAUCUCCAGGCAAGGGGUGGAGCCUAAACUGAACAUCUUAGAGAUAGUUAAGCCUGUUGAGACGGUGGAGGUGGUGAUUGACCCUGACUCCGCACACCAGGCAGGUGCCGAGGCCCAGCUGGUAGAGGAAGCACAAGUCAUCACAUUAGAUGGCACAAAGCAUUUGGCCGCAAUCCCCGAUGAGACGUCUGAGCAGGUGACGCGAUGGGCAGCAGCACUCGAAGGCUAUCGGAAAGAGCAGGAACACCUCGGAAUCCCAUACGAUCCAAUUCAGUGGUCCACAGACCAGGUGUUACACUGGGCUGUGUGGGUCAUGAAGGAAUUUGCCAUGAUUGACGUGGACGUAAAGGAUCUGAACCUCCCAGGAAAGGACCUGUGUUCCCUCAGCCAAGAGGAUUUCUUGCAGAGAGUACCAAAGGGAGAGAUCCUGUGGAGCCACUUAGAAUUGCUCAGAAAGUAUGUGUUGGCCAGCCAGGAGCACACAGGUGAAAUAGCAACCGUAACAAUUGACCAGCCCGUUCAAAUAAUUCCUGCAACGGUGCAACCAGCAAACCCAACAACUAUUAAAGUCUUCACUGGCACACCCAAGGCCGCCAAAGUGCCACGUGCUCCGCGAAUCUCCGGGGAAGACCGAAGUUCACCUGGAAACCGGACGGGUAACAAUGGACAGAUUCAGCUCUGGCAAUUCCUCUUGGAGCUGCUGACAGACAAGGAUGCGCGAGACUGCAUUUCCUGGGUGGGAGACGAGGGGGAGUUUAAACUGAACCAGCCGGAGCUGGUGGCCCAGAAAUGGGGCCAACGCAAAAACAAACCCACCAUGAACUACGAGAAGCUGAGCCGGGCACUUCGAUACUAUUACGACGGCGACAUGAUCUGCAAAGUCCAGGGGAAAAGGUUUGUCUACAAGUUUGUGUGCGACCUGAAGACGCUGAUCGGCUAUAGCGCGGCCGAGCUAAACCGCCUGGUCACGGAGUGCGAACAGAAGAAGAUGGCCAAGAUGCAGAUCCACAGCAUGGGCGGGCAGCCUGUCACCACAGUAACGCUGGCAGCAGCUUCGAUACAGGAGAAAGACGGGUGAAGAAACAUGGCCCCACGCACACAUAUACACACAUACACACACACACCCUCCCCCCUGAGUUUGCGGAGGGAGGCGUUGCAUAUAAAUAUAUAUAUGUACAUAUAUAUAUAAAAAAAAACACUUGUUAUGUGCAGACCGACGAGGGACAACUUAUUUUCUGGUGUCCUGGUCGGGUCAGAACAGGCUUUCCUCUUCUUUUCACUUCUGAACUGUGUGACCAGCGUACGCCUCAUGAGUUGCCCCAGAGGCGAGGCAAAGGCAGAUCAGGGACUCUACGCAGACCGAAGGGUGAUUUCGACAACCCUACAUCGGCAGCGAAAUUGGAGCCAGCUUUUCCGCAGACUUCGUGGUAUGUUAAGGGAAAAAAAAGUGUACCUGCUUCACCUUCUUCUCUAUCAAAUUUUGAGUUAUUUUUGCAGAUAUUUUUACCCCUUAUGUGAAUUUUCAAUAAAAAAGGUAUACUCC